AUGAAUGUAAUUCAAAGCUCUGCACUAAAGAGUGGCACUGUGUUUAUGCCAUUUUCCCACUCUAAGAGCUUUCCCAUGCAUCUCAAAUUUAAGGUUGUGUCUGUUUCUUGCAAGACAACCUUGCCAUCUGCAAAAAUGGCAGCUAUCGACUUUCACAAAGAGCUUUCUGUUAAUGCAAGCCUGGACGAAAUCAAGAAAGCUUACAGAAAAAUGGCACUCCUUUAUCAUCCCGAUGUUUGUGAUCCUUCUAUGGCAGAAGAAUCAACUCGGGUUUUUGUCGAGUUACAAAAGGCUUAUGAAAAUUUGCUGGAACAAGAUUCUAAAUGCAGAGAGGAAAGAAGUGGAGAAGCAUCAAGAGAUAAAUGGGAAAUUCAGCUUUCAAAUUUGAAAAGAAGAUCUCAGAAGGAGGGGAGUUGGGCUUCCAGAAUGAGAGCAACAAACCAAUAUGCUUGA